AUGGACAACACCUACUCGGAUAAUGUCAAUAGCUGGACAGAGAUGGAACCGGCUCUACCUGAACAAAUGGGCCGCCUUCGUCUUCCAACUCAGAACAUGGACCCGCCGGAACAAAAGGAUGAGUCACAGAUAAGCGAACUUCAUAGAAUGAAACUUGAUGACUACCCACCAAUGGAACGUCAGAGUGUUAUCACCAAUAAUACCAUGAGCUAUGAGAAUAAAGUUGACGCUCUCCCAAAUCAGCCGAUGUUCUAUGGCUUUGAAUACCCAACCACUUUCGGAAUGCUGGACCCAACAGCCCUUCAGAAUCCGUAUCCAUACCUUUAUACACUCCCAGUGAACCCACUCCCAACUCUAAAUGGGUUCUCCAAUCCAUCGUUGUAUGAUACAAACGUGCCACCGACUAUCAAUAUUCCGGCUACCUACACUACUCCCACAUCAACAUAUGAAUGUGUGAAGUGCUCUCAAACUUGUGGAACAGGAUCGAAGGCUGUGAAUGGAGGAAUGAUGUGUGCUAACUGCUCAAAGCCAACUGAAUAUCAGUCUCCAGUAGUGUAUCCGUCAGCUCUCAGCCAACCUCCAGUUUUGGAAAUUCCAUCUGAGCAACCAGUAGUGAAAGCAGCAAAGUCGUCUUCCAAGAAGAAUAAUAAUGUGAACAGAGGAAAUAACGGAUCAGCUUCCAGACGUCAAGGACUUAUUUGUUCUAACUGCAAUGGAACCAAUACUACUUUGUGGAGAAGAAAUGCUGAAGGAGACCCGGUUUGCAAUGCAUGUGGACUUUACUUCAAACUCCAUCAUGUUGCCCGUCCAACAUCAAUGAAAAAAGAGGGAGCCCUUCAGACUCGUAAAAGAAAAACCAAGAAUAGUGGUGACAGUUCCACUCCAUCCACCGCAAGAGUUCGUGAAAGAAAGUUCGAGAGAACUGCCGAGAAAGCUCAAAGAGCGUCAACUCGUCGUGCCGGAAGUGCCAAAGCUGAACGUGAACUGAGCACCGCUGCAGUUGCAGCUGUCACUACUCCUUAUGCAUCGCACGCCGACCUCUACCCAGUUUCAUCAACCUCCGUCAGUCUUCAGGAUCAAACUUAUAGUUACUACCAAUGGAACCCAACAACUGCUGGAUUGAUGAUGGUUCCAAAUGACCCAAGUCAACUCUACGCUUCAAACUAUCAAAACGGAUUCGUGCGUCCCGCCGAUAACAUCCAAGUCCAUGUCAUGCCAGUUCAAGACGAUGAAACCAAAGCUGCUGCUAGAGAUUUGGAAGCUGUGGACAACGACUCAUAA